GCAUACAAACAAGACUCGUCAACUGUGUGGAGCUCGUAGAUCCCUUCCGAGUUCCGAUCAUCUCCACUGAGGAAAAUUCACGAACACAAGAGAGAGAGAGAGAGGAGAGAUGGUUUAGGUUGGUCUGGGUUGAAUCUUGAAUGUUUUAGCGGGUGGUGAUGGUUACGUUGGCUUGCAAACUCAAACUUCCCAACUCUGACCCCUCAUUGGAGGUAACCUCUCUUCUCUUCGAGCCUCUCUCCAACUCUCUAGCUUUGAUGCACUCUGAUUCCUCUAUUCUACUCACUUCUUCUCCCUCUCUCUUCUCUCCCUCUCUUUCUUUUUCUUUUCCUCAUCAAACCCUAAUUCCUCCAAACUCCACCUCCGCCUGCUUCCUACGCCUCCUUCCGAACCCUAAUUCCACCGACGGCCGCGUCCUGUUCGUCGUCGCUGGACCUCAUAACGGUGGCUCUUCAAUUCUUCUCCGCUUCUGGAUCCUUGGAAAGAACCAGAGAUUCGCCAAAGCUCGAGUGAAUUGCACUCAAAAGAGUCUGGAUUGUGGUCAUAGAUUGGGGGUUGUCGUUGAUCUGUCACAUGGGUUUUCCGUUAAGCUCUCUGGUUCUGUGAAUGUUUUUGCUUUGCAUUCGAUCUCUGCUCGUAAAAUUUGGGUUUUUGCCGCGAAAACUGUGGGUGAUGCGGAUGAUGGGUUGGGCGUGAACUUGAUGAAGUGUGCUAUUAUUGAUUGUACCAUGCCGAUAUGUUCUAUUACUGUUUCAUUUGGGUUUUUACUUCUGGGGGAGAAUAAUGGGGUUCGGGUUUUCCCAUUGAGGCCGCUAGUGAAAGGCCGGCCUAGUAGACAGCGGGAAUUGGCCAGGAGAAGAGAACACUACCAAAGUGGUGGUUUGAAUGGUGAUGUGCUGAAGACUGGGGAACUGCAUUUACAGAAUGAGAUGAUUCAGACUACGAACGGAAGCAACGAUUUAUCUAGUACUUCGGUGACAUACUCCAAGCAUGGGAUCAGUGAUCGGAAUGGUAAAAUUGCUGGACUGGAAGGGACUUCCGAGAUCUUUGCUAAUGGUUACACCAUAAAGACUGAGGUUCAUCGUGUUUCUGAGAAGACUAGGACCUUGAAACUGAGACAAGAUGCAUGUGAAGGAGGCUCAUGCUUUAUAGCAUUUAAGAGUUUGGAGGUCCAAAGUCCACAACCCAUGACAGUUGCAUUGCUGUCACUAAAAGCUGUCUCAAUCCAUGCUUUGUCCUCAAAAAAGUUCUUAGUUUUGGAUUCAGCUGGAGAUUUACACCUCUUGAUCCUAUACAAUGUCCUUGGAUCAGAAAUCAAUGGUCACAUGAAGCAUUUCAAUCAUACCAUGAAAGUGCAAAUGCUGGCUGUGCUUCCUGAUAUUUCCAUGAGAACACAAAUUGUCUGGGUAUCAGAUGGUUACCAUUCUGUACACAUUAUAUCAGUUUCUGACAUGGACAUCCCUAUCAAUGAGAAUGGGAAAGCUGAUGGCAUAGAAAAGCCAAUACAAAUCUCAGCCAUUCAGGCAAUAUUUGCAAGUGAAAAGAUUCAGGAUAUUGCUCUUCUUGCUGCAAACGCAAUUCUAAUUCUUGGACAAGGAACCAUGUAUGCAUAUGCAGUUUCCUGAACUUGAUAGGUGGUUAUAUAUUCUGUAGUGAACAUUUCUCUUCCAAGCCAGCUUAGAACCUUAAAUGAUAUUUGUCCAUGGAGUUGGCUCCCUGAAUCAAAUUGUUUAGGCAGUGAGUUCCCUGAUAUGUAGCAUGCAUUCUUGCUGCUGCCUUUUUGGCUAUAGCAUGGCUCCAUUUAUCAAUAUAUUGAAGUCAUGAGUUGCAGUCUUCUUCCAUUUUGUGUUCGAAGUAUGAUUCAAGAACGCUGGGCUCUAAAAGGAAUCCUGAACCUUCAACACCAUUUGGGCGUUACAAAAAUUACAAGUCACCUGUCAUGCCCAUCCUGCUUCAAUGAUUCAGGACUUCGAAGCUGGAUACUGCUAGCUGCCUCAAGAUAUAAUUUUACAUUGCAGUUCACCUAUUGGAAGAUAAAGUACCUGCAGACAACCAUGUUUACAAAGGUCAGAUGCAGCCUCGGUUGCUUUUAUGCCACAUAAAGGCUUUUUGAUCCAAUGAAUGCAGAAGUUACCUACUCCUUUGUGCCAUCAACUGGAAAGAUGGGAAGCAUUACAAACUAAUUCUUAUAGCCUUGGCCUAUUUGUCAAGAGGUUGUUAUCACCCAUAGAAACAUUUUACUCAAGCUCUUGGAUUAGUGACAUUCAGAAAAUUCACCAGUUUAAAUUGAAAACAUGAAAACAAAAUUUGCUUAAAGUAAUUUUGCUUCCAUUUUCAUGAUAAGAGAGCAAAAGGCUCCUCUUAAACUGUUCAGUCCUGUUUGUUCCAUUGUUGGAGAAAGGCUAGAUAAACCAUUGUUUUUUUUCUAUUCUACCUGCUUUAUUUUAUACAAUUUUGAUUUCUCUUUGAA